CUCUGACAGAGCAGCGUCAGGAAUAGCCUAUCGCUUUGCACCGAAGGCUGCCGGUUAGUGUGACGUGGGCCUUUUGGUUCUCAGGACUGUCUCGUACAUGCGUCUCGCCACUUUAGGCUGGCGUUUGGCUCUACUCUGACCUUGGUAAGAGAGGUACGCUGACUGUUUGGAGCUGCUGUAAAGGGAUCUCAGAGCCAAGAACCGCCUCCUCUUUCCAGCAUUGUGGGUCUUGUUUAUCUGAAGUUUGUGACCUCAUAUAACAUAACUGUGAAGACCAGCAUCCAUUGUGGCAGCCUCUUGUCUGCUGGUCGCUCCAUCUGUCACUCAUCUUUUCACCCCGUCUUCCCUCCCUCAUCAAACCCUUACCCGGCCCAGCCCAUGACAGCAGCGUUGCCAGCAUGGCAUUCUCAUCACGCUUUUCCUUCUGGGAGCAAAAGAUCAAAGAAGAGAACAAGCCAAUCCCCAAGGGCUCAAAAGACAAUUCUGACAGUGAUGGCAGCCUGAGUAGCCGCUCCCAGUCAGUGCCCAGCCUAGAGCCUGGCAAAGGCCUUCUGCGUACCAAGAGUCCUCAGCCUGUUCAGGACAAGCCAGCAGAGGUCCAGUCCCAGCCUCAGUUCAGACGUGUUAAAAGCCCCUCACCCAACAGAGACAAGAUGGCGACCAGAAGGUUUUCUGAAGUGCCCAAGAUGCCAGAGCGCUUCAAAAGCCCAGAGCCUCCUCGGUACUCCUUAAGUCCUGAACCUUUUUUGAAUGGUGAAAGCAAAGUCAAUCGUGCUGUCAAUGGCAGUGUCAAGACUACACCUUUUACCAGCCAACCCGAACUCGUAGAGGACUUGCAGGAUGGGACACGUAAGAACGUGGUGAAGGUAAUGCGCAGAGUUGUUAGAAGGGUAGUUUCUUGUGAAGAAGACACACCAAUUCAACCUGCAGCCUUGGUCCCGGAACAACCUAAACACAGUUUAGGACCACCAAAACCUGAACCAGCAUCUGUACCAAAAGCUGUGAAGGUGCCCAUGUUCUCAUUCAAACAUGAUACCAUAAAGAAGGAGGAAAGAGACGAUAUUGCUGCUGGACUAACCAGCCUGAUGACGAGAGGCAGAACUAGGGAACCUCGUCCACGGAUCCGCAAGGAUGAUCCUGUAGAAAAAGAUGUAAAACCUGUAGAAAAAUCUCAAGAGAAGGAAAUUUCUGGACCAGCACCACAUAAAACUGGGCCCAAGAUGGAGCCCUCCCAGCCUCUAAAACAAGAGCAACAGACAUCACCACCUGCUACUACCUCAACAACUACAAAGUCUCCUGUUUCUCCAUCAGCGGGAUUCAUCCCACCCCCCAAACCCAAUCCACUCUCUCCAUUGGGAUUUAUUCCUGCACCCAAACCAUUAGGAUUUAUCUCCAACUCAAAACCACCGACCCUCUCCUCUCCUUCAGGCGUUGUUGCUACACAGAAAGCAGCUUCUUUAAAUUCUGUUCCUACCAUUUCAACUCCAAUUCCAGAUCCCAAAACAUUGCCUGUUAUCUCUAGUUCUAUACCUGCUGUCCCCAAAACAGCUGCUACCUCUGCUCCAAUCGCUUCUGGUAAAUGCAACACUCCUAACCCCCCAGCUGCCAAAAAAGAUCCAUUUGCCCCUCCAACAGGGUUCAUUCCCACCCAAAAACAGAUGCCUGUAAAGAAACCAGAGGUGAAGACAGCUGCACAUAUGCCCCCGAUUUCAGCAGGGAGAUCUUUUCCUGGAAACAUUUCUAAACCCACUCUACCAACCUUGUCAAAAAAGGAGAGUCCGCCACUGAGUCCCACAGAAGAAGCACAGAGACGGCUGGAGAGGAUCUUCGCUGCAUCUCUGGAACCUGUGGCCAGUGCCUCUGCGUCGUCUCAGGUACAGGGCCCCUCUAGGGAUGGCUCUUCCCCCACUGCGCCCCUCCAUGGCUUGGCAGGAGUGUGCGCUCGUAUGACCUGUUGGAGUGAACAGGUGGAGGAGGAUCCUGUGGCAAUCCUAAAAGCAGACCAUGCUGCUGCCGCUCAUCCUAAGGUGAAGACCGAGGAGCAGAUUGCUGCGGAGCAAGCAUGGUAUGGCUCGGAGAAAGUGUGGCUGGUCCACAAGGAUGGAUUCUCUCUGGCCACUGUGGUGAAGACAGAAGCUGGCAGUCUACCCGAGGGGAAAGUGAAAAUCAAACUGGAGCACGAUGGGACUGUACUGGAUGUGGAUGAGGAUGACGUAGAAAAGGCGAACCCGCCGUCAUUUGACCGCUGUGAGGACUUGGCAGCUCUGCUCUACCUGAAUGAAUCUAGUGUCAUGCAUUCCCUGCGUCAGCGCUAUGGAGGAAACCUCAUCCACACACACGCCGGGCCCAACAUGGUGAUUGUCAACCCUAUCAGCGCCCCAUCCAUGUACUCCGAAAAGGUGAUGCACAUGUUCAAAGGCUGUCGACGGGAGGACACGGCUCCUCAUAUAUAUGCAGUGGCCCAGUCCGCCUACAGAAACCUUUUGACAACACGACAGGACCAGUCCAUCGUGCUCUUGGGAAAGAGCGGCAGUGGCAAGACCACAAACUGCCAGCAUUUAGUCCAGUACCUGGUGUCUAUAGCAGGCAGCACUGGAAAGAUCUUUACGGCUGAGAAAUGGCAAGCGGUCUACACAAUCCUAGAAGCUUUUGGAAACAGUGCCACGUCUAUGAACAAUAAUGCUAGCCGCUUCUCCCAAAUCGUCUCGCUGGAUUUUGACCAGGCUGGACAGGUGGCCUCUGCCUCUAUUCAGACUAUGCUGCUGGAGAAGCUGAGGGUGGUGAAACGGCCGGAGACAGAGUCCACUUUUAAUGUCUUUUACUACAUGAUGGCUGGAGCAGACAGCACACUCAGAACGGAGUUGCAUUUUAACCACUUUGCAGAGAACAGUGCCUUUGGGAUUGUGCCUCAAUCCAAGCCUGAGGACAAGCAAAAGGCAUCUCAACAGUUCACUAAACUGCAGGCAGCUAUGAAGGUGCUGGGCAUUUCCUCUGAUGAGCAGAAAGCUCUAUGGCUCAUUCUCGGUGCCAUUUAUCACCUUGGAGCUGCAGGGGCCACAAAAGCAGAAGCUGAUGAAGCGGGCCGGAAGCAGUUUGCACGUCAUGAAUGGGCCCAGAAGGCUGCUUACCUGUUGGGUUGCACCCUGGAAGAGCUCUCAUCUGCCAUCUUCAAACACCAGCCCAAAGGAACAUUACAGAGAUCCACCUCAUUCCGCCAGGGACCAGACGAUGCUGGCACAGGAGACAAUUCAGGUCCAAAAAUUACAGCUUUGGAGUGUCUGGAGGCCAUGGCUGCUGGGCUUUACUCUGAGCUAUUUACUUUGGUCAUCUCACUUGUUAACAGAGCACUAAAGUCGAGUCAGCAUUCCCUGUGCUCUCUGCUUAUUGUGGACACACCGGGAUUCCAGAACCCAAAGUUAGCCAAGCGAGAGCGUGGUGCCACCUUCGAGGAGCUCUGCCACAACUAUGCACAGGAGCGUCUCCAAACACUUUUCCACGAACGCACCUUUGUACAGGAGCUGGAGCGCUACAAGGAGGAGAACAUAGAGCUUGCAUUAGAUGACAUAGAGUCCAGUACAUCUCUGUCUGUAGCAGCUAUAGACCAAGCCUCAUCUCAAGCAUUGGUACGGACUCUGGCCAGGACGGAUGAGGCGAGGGGCCUGCUGUGGCUGAUGGAGGAAGAAGCUCUUCAGCCUGGGGGCUCGGAGGAAACUCUGCUGGAAAGACUCUUCAGUUAUUACAGUCCUGCGGAUGGAGAGAGCAAAGGCCCCGCCCUGCUCCUGAAGAGUGACAAGCCGCAUCACUUCCUAUUGGGUCACAGCCAUGGCACUGACUGGGUGGAGUAUGAUGCUGGGGGCUGGUUGAGCCAUGCCAAACAAAACCCUGCCUCUCAGAAUGCUGCCAUUUUGCUGCAAGACUCUCAGAAGAAGAACAUCAGCAGCUUGUUUAUGGGGCGUUCAGGAGGAGCCACAGUUUUGUCCGGCUCUAUCGCUGGGCUGGAGGGUGGGUCACAGCUGGCUCUGCGCAGGGCCACAAGCAUGAGGAAGACCUUCACCACCGGUGUGGCUGCUGUUAAGAAGAAGUCCCUCUGCAUACAGGUUAAACUACAAGUGGAUGCAUUAAUGGAUACAGUGAGGCGGUCCAGGGUGCACUUUGUCCAUUGUCUGCUGCCUAAAGCGGAGACUCUGAGUGCGGAUGUGAAGGUGCCUGGAGGAGAGAGCUGUGACACCGGCCUCAUGCAGCUGGAUGUGUGUUUGCUCCGAGCGCAGCUCCGAGGCUCCAAACUACUCGACGCCCUCCGCAUCUACCGUCAAGGUUAUCCUGAUCAUUUGGUGUUUUCGGAAUUUCGCCGCCGCUUUGAUGUGCUGACUCCUCACCUGACGAAGAAACACGGACGCAACUACAUCGUAACUGAUGAGAAACGGGCUGUCGAAGAGCUGCUGGAGUCUCUUGAGUUGGAAAAAAGCAGCUAUCAUAUGGGAUUGAGUAGGGUGUUCUUCAGAGCUGGUGUUUUGGCUAAGCUGGAGGAGAACAGAGAUAUCCAGACCAGACGCAACCUCACCUUGUUUCAGGCUGCAUGCAGAGGUUACCUGGCCCGACAGGCCUUCAAAAAACGAAAGAUCCAGGACUUGGCGAUCCGCUGCAUCCAGAAAAACAUCAAGAAGAACCGUGGCGUGAAAGGCUGGCCCUGGUGGAAGCUCUUCACCACCGUCCGUCCCCUCAUCGAAGUUCAGCUCACUGAGGAGCAGAUCCGCGGCAAAGACGAGGAAAUUCAGCUGCUCAAGUCGAAGCUGGAGAAGGUAGAAAAGGAGAGGAACGAGUUGAGACUCAAUAGCGACCGGUUGGAAAGCAAGAUCACAGAACUGUCAUCAGAGCUUGCCGAUGAGAGGAACACUGGCGAAUCUGCCUCGCAGCUGCUGGAGUCCGAGACCUCGGAGAGACUGAGGCUGGAGAAAGACAUGAAGGAUCUACAGGCCAAGUUUGACGCUAUGAAGAAGCAGACAGAGUCUAUGGAGAUGGAGGUAAUGGAGGCACGGCUAAUACGCGCAUCGGAGCUCAACGGGGAAAUGGAUGACGAUGACACUGGAGGAGAAUGGAGGCUCAAGUAUGAGAGAGCCAUCAGAGAGAUCGAGUUCACCAAGAAGAGACUCCAGCAAGAGUUUGAUGACAAACUAGAGGUGGAGCAGCAAAACAAGAGGCAGCUGGAGAGAAAACUGACAGACCUGCAGGCGGACAAUGAAGAGGUGCAACGCGUGGCUCAGCAGCUGAAGAAGAAAUGCCAGAGACUGACAGCCGAGCUACAGGACACCAAACUGCACCUGGAGGGCCAGCAGAGCCGCAACCAUGACCUGGAGAAGAAACAGCGCAAGUUUGACUCGGAGCAGACUCAGGCUCAAGAGGAGGUGCAGAGAGAGAAGAGUCAGCGGGAGAAACUCAGCAGAGAGAAAGACAUGCUGACCGGGGAAGUGUUCAGCCUUAGACAACAACUGGAGGAUAAGGAUCUGGAGAUAUGCGCUGUCAAUCUGAAGCUGGAGCAGAUGGAGGCGGAGCUUCAGGAUUUGAACUCGCAGGAGUCGAAGGAUGAGGCGUCAUUGGCCAAGAUUAAGAAGCAACUUCGUGACCUUGAGGCCAAAGUCAAAGAUCAGGAAGAGGAACUGGAUGAACAGGCUGGAACCAUUCAGAUGCUGGAACAGGCCAAGCUCCGUCUGGAGAUGGAGAUGGAGAGACUGAGACAGACGCAUUCGAAAGAGAUUGAGAGCAAAGAAGAUGAGGUGGAGGAGAUCAGACAGUCCUGCAGCAAGAAGCUCAAGCAAAUGGAGGUCCAGCUGGAAGAGGAGUAUGAAGACAAGCAGAAGGUCUUGAGGGAGAAGAGGGACAUGGAAGCCAAACUGAUGAGCGCUCAGGACCAGGUGAGCCACAGAGAUGUGGAGGCAGAGAAGCGUCUGAGGAAAGAUCUGAAGCGCACCAAGGCCCUGCUGGCUGAUGCUCAGAUCAUGCUGGAUCACCUGAAGAACAAUGCACCCAGCAAGAGAGAGAUCGCCCAGCUCAAGAACCAGCUUGAGGAAUCCGAGUUCACAUGCGCUGCUGCAGUCAAAGCCCGAAAGUCGAUGGAAGUGGAGAUCGAGGACCUCCACGUCCAAAUGGAUGACAUAUCCAAAUCCAAACAGGCUCUCGAGGAGCAGCUGAGUCGUUUGCAGAGGGAGAAGAACGACCUGCAGUCUCGCAUGGAGGAAGACCAGGAGGACAUGAACGAGCUCAUGAAGAAACACAAAGCCGCCGUUGCCCAGUCCUCACAGAACUUGGCCCAGAUCAGUGACCUACAGGCCCAGCUGGAGGAGGCUAUGAAGGAGAAACAGGACGUCCAGGAGAAGCUCACGGCCCUGCAGAGUCAGCUAGAGUUCCAAGAGCAGUCCAUGGUGGACAAGUCUCUGGUCAGCCGGCAGGAGGCCAAGAUCCGAGAGCUGGAGACCAAGCUGGAGUUCGAAAAGACACAGGUCAAACGCUUGGAGAGUCUUGUGGCGAGGCUGAAAGAAAAUCUGGAGAAGCUGACUGAGGAACGAGACCAGCGCAGUGCCAGCGAGAACCGGGAGAAAGAACAGAACAAGCGUCUCCUCAGGCAGAUCCGAGACAUCAAGGAAGAGAUGGCGGAGCUGGCCAAGAAAGAAGCAGAAGCCAGCCGCAAGAAACACGAGCUGGAAAUGGAUAUUGAAAGCUUGGAAGCAGCCAACCAGAGUCUCCAGGCAGACCUCAAGCUGGCCUUCAAGAGGAUCGGGGACCUCCAGGCUGCUAUUGAGGAUGAGAUGGAGAGUGACGACAAUGAGGAUCUCAUCAACAGUUUACAAGACAUGGUGACUAAGUAUCAGAAACGAAAGAACAAGAUUGAGGGUGCCUCUGAUACGGACUCUGAGGUGGAGGACCGUGUUGAUGGGGUGAAGUCAUGGCUGUCCAAAAACAAGGGCUCUGCCAAGAAUCUGUCAGAUGAUGGUAGUUUGAAGAGCUCAAGAUAUGCCGUAAAUGUUGACGGAAAGGAAGGGAAAGAGUGGGAAGAGGGUAAAGAAUGGAAAGAAAGUGGAAAAGCCCACCCUCCAGCCGCAGACGCUUUUGCCUUGACAGAUCUGACGAGGAAGAGGAAGAAGAAAAAGAGGAAGGGAGCACGAGCCGAAGCACCUACCGCUCACGCUACAAACGCAGCAGCUACCUAAACGACAGCGAUGGCGAGACCACCGCAUAGCGCACACUCACAUGCACUCACGUUCACAGGAAGGAAGACUUUUGAGUAUAAUAUCAACGUCUUCCACAAUCCGGGAUCCAGCGAGGGAGGGGGUGGAGAAUGGUUUUUAAUAUUAUGAUUUCACAUGUGCUUUAAAGGGUUUGUACAGCAUCAUGAUUCACAGCACUGUUGAUUCCUCUUUCCUGUUUGUGUGCUUUUACUUCUGACAUUCUUCCUCUUUGUUUCUAAAUAAGCAGUGACUUUAGCAAACGUUGUGCUUGCAUUCUUACUCCAGUCAGGAUUCAGUUAAAGGAUAUCGCUUGAGGCAAAAUGCUACAGCCUCUUGCAUGGUCAGGGCUGAGCCAAAGAUGCAUAGCAUUAUGUAAAAAAAAAAAAAGUCUGAGUUUUUUCAAUUGUGUUCGUAUUGAAAGGAAAAUAUUGUAUUACCAAAAAAAAAAAAGGAGAGGGUUUGUUUUGGGUACGUGAGGACAUUAGUUUUUCGAGGUGGAAGUGAUUUAAGACCACUUCCUUAACUACACGCAUGUAUUUUUUUCACUUGCUUGUAUCUUUCUCUCCGCCUGUUGGCUCGAAGGUGAAGGAUUCAUUUUGCUUGAGUAAGCGAGAGAGAUAUAGAGAGAGCGCGAUGCCUCUUGAUGAAAAUAGAGCCCAUUUCUACUCUUGGCCUUCCAUUUAUUUUGAUGUUUUAUGUAAAGAGGAACAAAGGUGGUCAGGUCAAUAAUACAAGAAGAGGGCAGCAUUUUGGGGGUCUUCAGAUUUGGAAUCUUAAUGCUUUUUUUCUCCCAAAAAUAUGCUUUGUAAAGCAUUCUGCUUUGACUGAAGAUCUUGCUCGUAUGCUCAGUGGUUUAUUCCUACACUUUCUUAUUGUGGUUGUUGUUGUUCUCAGGCUUUUUGUUUUGGUUAUCACAGAUGUCUGGCUUUCCCUAGGGAUGGCCCACGAUCUUGGGUGUAUGGGGCAUUUAAUUUAUCAUCCAACUUCACUGAUACUGGAUAAACCGCGGUUGCUUUUUGUGCUGAUGUAGUGCAACCAGGAUGGAGACGUUUGACAGAACCGAUACUGUGAAAUCCCAGCUUCCCUUCGGCAUGUCGUCGCAUUGGAUUCAUCAGUAUUUUUGGCCUUACCUAAAGACUUUGUGACCCUUAUGGACACACACCUCUCUUUUGCCUUCUAUCGUUUUGUUGUUGUUGUUGUUGUUGUUGUUGUUCUGCUUUCAUUGUAGUAUUUAUGAUCUAGCAUUGAUGGAUUAAGCGAAGCUGCCAAAAUAUAAAAGCAACAGCGUAAUAGCAAUGAAAGGAUCUCAUUGCUUCUCCUUGAUUUUUAAAGGGAGACCACAUUGUGUAUUUUACAUGGUUUUAUAGACCCUCUGUAAAGGUCAACCACUUUAUCCUCUUUUCUAUGCAGUCAUUAUUGAUUUUAAUACAAGAAAUAAGCGUUUUAUGAUGUUUCUGGCGAUUUCAAACACAUGGCUACAAGAUACAUAACAUUUGCUGGCUGUACACAUUAAUAUAAAAUAUAUAAAUAUCUGUAUGAUUCAUUCUAGCUUCCAAAAUAGCUAAUGUUUAUUUUCUUUAUUGAAUAAAUGAUCACUUGAUAUAAGUAAUAAUUUUGCAUUACAGUUUAAUAUAUUGUAAAUAAAUGAUGGUGAUUGUUUUUGA